AUGUCUGUGAAUGAUCGGCAGCAAUUUGUAAAUCUGAAGCGAUUGUGCCACAAUUGCCUGAGAGGAGAUCACAUGGUACGUCAAUGUCCCUGUGAUAUGAAUUGCAGAAAAUGUAACCAGCGCCACCAUACUCUUCUGCAUACGGGCCCAACCGCCGGCCCAAAGAAGUUCAGCAACGACGCGACUUCUCGUUCAAUUAAUUCCAUCGAGCCUGCUGUCAAGGCUACUUCGUCGUCUACUAACGUAAUCUCCGAGCAAACCAUUGUUGCUGCUGCUGAAGAUGUUUCGAUUAGAGUAUCUUCCAGUCCCAGCAGUAUCGUAACUGUAUCGAUGGUUUCCUUGGAAGAAAGUCUGGAGCGUUUUUGGAAAAUGGAAGAACUGACAACCAAAGACAACUACUCCAUCGAAGAGAGGCGUUGUGAAACCCUCUACCAAGCGACGGUCGCCAGAAACCCCGAUGGACGAUACAUGGUUCGCCUUCCUCGAAAACCUGACUUUGACGAUAUGCUGGGCGAGUCUAAGGUAGGCGCAUUGCGACGAUUCGAAGAUUUGGAGCGACGCUUGGAACGAAACUCCGACCUAAAACUAGAGUACCACCGUUUCAUGCAAGAAUACCUCGACCUUGGCCAUAUGCAGCUGACCAAAACAACUGGCGCCGAAAGCUCCAAAUCUUUUUACUUACCGCACCAUCCUGUCAUCAAAGAAGCGAGUUCCACGACGAAAGUUCGUGUUGUGUUCGAUGGUUCGGCAAAAACAUCUACCGGUUUCUCCCUCAACGAUGCCCUCUGUGUUGGUCCAGUAGUUCAAGACGAGCUACUUACCACAAUGCUACGGUUUCGCACGUACCCAAUUGCUUUAGUCGGUGACAUAGCGAAAAUGUAUCGACAAGUCCUCAUGCACCCAGAUGAUGUUCCACUGCAGCGAAUUUUCUGGCGAUUUUCCCCCGACCAACCAGUGCAAACCUUCGACUUACUUACCGUUACUUACGGGUUAGCUCCGUCAUCAUUUUUGGCAACUCGUACACUGCUACAGCUAGCUGACGAUGAAGGUCAGUCCUAUCCCCUCGACAGCAGGGCUCUCCGGAAAGGCUUUUACGUCGACGAUUUCAUCAGCGGGGAGCAAUCGAUCGAAAAAGCCAUCCGCCUACGCAAAGAAAUCAGCGAAUUACUUGAGAAGGGAGGAUUUGUUCUUCGCAAGUGGACUUCCAAUCGACUCGAAGUCCUACACGGAUUAAACGCUGACCAAAUCGGCACUCAAUCCCCUCUGGAGUUCACCCCCCAUGAAACGGUGAAACCUCUGGGAAUAAUUUGGGAACCAGAAGGAGAUUUUCUUCGAUUCGAUUCGCAAGUGCAACACGACGGCAAACCGCCCACCAAACGAUCAAUUUUAUCGUCUAUUGCCAAGCUAUUUGACCCCAUCGGCCUGAUUGCGCCCGUUGUUGUGCGGGCCAAAAUCAUUAUGCAGCAGUUGUGGCUACUACCAAUUGAGUGGGAUGAUCCAGUUCCCAAAAAUAUUCGUGUUAACUGGGAAAAGUAUCACAACGAAUUGCCGAAAAUUACCGCGCACAGAGUAAGUCGCUACGCAUUUCUACCUUGUUCCACCAUGCAAUUGCAUACCUUCGCCGACGCGUCCGAACUAGCCUACGGCGCGUGCACCUACGCCCGUUGCCAAGACGAACAAGGAAACAUAAAAAUCGAACUUCUUACCGCCAAGUCCCGUGUUGCUCCGCUAAAACGACUGACUAUCGCACGUCUGGAACUCUGCGCUGCAGUUUUGGCCGCUCAUCUCCACGAUCGAGUCAAACGAGCUCUCGAUAUUGACGUUUCUGCUUCCAUUUUCUGGUCGGAUUCUGCUAUCGUUCUCCAAUGGCUCCAAUCAUCUCCAAACACAUGGCAAACCUUUGUGGGAAAUAGAGUUUCGGAAGUGCAGCACUUCACUCGUGGCUGUCAGUGGAAGCACGUUGCUGGUAUCGAGAAUCCCGCCGAUUUGGUGUCCCGGGGUAUGUCGGUCGACGAGUUCCUGGCUAGCACGUUAUGGAAGGAAGGACCGCAUUGGCUUCUUCUACCGGAUCGAGAAUGGACCAGCUCUAACCCGCCAAGUGUGGCCGAGGAAAUGCUAGAAGUUCGACACAUCGUAGCUACCGUACAGUCAGUUCCAUCAGUCAAUGCAUUGUUUCUCCGUUGGUCGUCAUACACCCGCCUACUACACGUUACAGGCUACUGCCUUCGCUUUCUGUUGAACGCCCACGCCAAGGCCAGAACUCAGCCUCCCCCCAACGCAGAACCUGUUGCGAAAUCACUGUCUGUGGAAAUACUUACCAAAGCCAAACUUACCCUGAUUCGCCUUGCUCAACAAGAUGAAUUUAGUCCUGAAAUAAAAGAACCAGGAGAAAGUGAUGAGGGUCGGAGGCCGUCUUAA